CCUCGCACCGUCACAGACUGCACGCGCCACAGGCCUCACAGCUCUUACCACAGCCAGCACACGACCAGAAAGCCUAGCAAGGCCUGGUUCUUGAGCACUUGACGUGGGUGGUCUGGUGUGUCGGCCAAACUCCACGUGCACGAAAAGAACAACAGAGCGGCACUGGCAUCAUCAGCUCUGCCCUGCUGCUGUGUGACGUACUGACGUAGGACGCCGCUGCUUUCUGUGUGCAGCACUGCUUGCAAGAUGUUUUCACACCAAGAAUGCCAGAAGAGAAUACGUGGGAGCGCGAUGAUAGGGUCGGCCAGGAUUGUGGGUGCGCUGGCAUGCCUGGUGUCCAUCUCGGCAGCAGCAUCGACAACAGCGCAGCAAGCAUUCGUUGCACCCGCAUCGUCUUGGUUUACUGCUCGACGACCUGACCGGCAUUCGGCCAUGAUGAUGACCAGGAAGGGUACUUCUAUGAUGUCGGCCGUGGCGUCGGAGAUAGUCGUGGCGGACGCGGCGGGUGGCGUGGAGACUCGCAUGUGGAAGUGGAAAGGGUACGACAUUCGGUACAAGGUCGCAGCCGAGGGAAGCGACGGCCCCCCGAUGGUGUUGAUCCACGGGUUCGGCGGCAACGCGGAUCACUGGCGAAGAAACAUCCCUACUCUGGCCAAGACUGGUCCCGUAUACGCGAUCGAUCUUCUCGGGUACGGGUUCUCGUCCAAGCCUGACCCCGGUCCAUGGGAGGAGCGGAAUUCCAUCUACUGCUUCGAAACCUGGUCUGAGCAGUUGCGGGACUUCGCGACUGAGGUUGUCGGCAAGCCCGUGUUCAUGGUGUGCAACAGCGUCGGGGGCGUGGCUGGCUUGCAGGCGGGGGUAGACGCUCCAGAACAGGUUUUGGGCGUCGUUCUGUUCAACAUUUCGUUGAGGAUGCUGCACACCUCUAAACAAGCGGUGGCUGUGCGACCGUUCGUGAAGGGCCUGCAGUACGUGCUGCGAGAAACGCCGAUCGGACCCCUGUUCUUUGGCUCCGUGGCAAAGCCGGAGGCCGUCUCGAACAUCCUGAAGCAGUGCUACGGAGAUCCUGAUCAGGUCACGGAUGAGCUGGUCAAGUGCAUCCUGACGCCAGGGCUUGAGGAGGGAGCAGUCAAGGUGUUCCUGGAUUUCAUUUCUUACUCGGGCGGGCCGCUGCCCGAGGACCUGCUCGCAGUAGUCAAGGUCCCCGUACAGAUCGCCUGGGGAGUCGAAGACCCCUGGGAGCCGAUCGAGCUGGGCAAGGCCUACGCGGAGUUCGACUCCGUAGAGGGCUUCGUCGAGCUUCCCGGAGCCGGACACUGUCCCAUGGACGAGGCGCCACAUUUGACAGACCCGGUCGUGCUCGACUUCGUGGCAAAGCACUACAAGAAAGAGCAGUAAUUCCCCGCCCUUGCAAAAUUUUAAUUUGAAGUCAGCCGCGGCGGCAUUGAACGAAGCAUCCCCGAGUCAUUUUUUUGUGGUCGGUAUCCUUGCUUUGCCUACAACGGCGAAGGCGAUGACCAACCACUGCUGUGUGUUUUCGCGUGAAAGACCUUGCGAUGAUGAGCGGCGGAUCCCGUCGUGUGGAAAUCAAUCUGAUCUCAUCAGCGAUGUACGUUUUGUGUGCCGGGCAUUGUUCGACGACAGUUAGGUCAGCUCUGUUCCUGCGGAGGCGGGUUUCAAAAUUCACGUACAUGGGUUGCGUGGGACCGGCGCCAAGCCGAUUGUUAACUACUACUUUGAAGUACUAAUUAGCGCUCGGGAGCAGAGCCAGUCUGUGAAAAGAGACUUAGUACUGCAUGUAAAGACAGCAUUACUCUAUUCGCCGAGAAUUAAGUGGCAACCCCGCCCUUGUGCUUUAUCGGUCGCUCUCGGAGUUGAAGAAGUUUGCGGCGUCUGUAUUGUCUGCGUGAGAAUCGCGCCAGGCGUUCUUUGCCCGUCGUUCCGUUCUCUCCCAAAAUUAAAGCACAACAUUUUGGUGUUUUGAUGUGAAAGCCUUGGGCCAUGUUGGCUGGUUGCAGCGUUGCUGUAGUUACUGCAGGACUGAAAUAUCGACCUAGAACGUCACGGGGAUCCAGUCUAGCUAUUUAUGUCACGCCGGCGUUACUCGUGGGGAAAGGGUCGAUGACUACUUCCUUUGACUUACGGUGGGUGAGUCAGCACGCGUUGAACUUGUCUGCGGUUU